GCAAAUAUGGACGGCAAGCAAAAUGGCCACACAGUCCAGGGACCUGUGGCGGGCAUAUUUCUGGAGAAAACAAAGGAGACGAUGACCAUAUAUCAAGCCAUGAAGAAACGUCUGCUUAAGCCAGGAACAGCAUUAGCCCUGCUUGAAGCACAAGCAGCCACAGUGGGCAUCAUAGACCCAAUAAAAAAUCGAAUACUUCCUGUUACAGAUGCUGUUAAAGAGGGAAUAGUUGGACCGGAGAUGAAAGAGAAACUCCUCACAGCAGAGAAAGCUGUCAGUGGCUAUGUCGACCCCUACACCAACCAAAUGAUAUCUGUAUUCCAAGCUAUGCAAAAAGAUUUAGUCCCAAGAGAUUAUGGAUUGAGGCUGCUGGAAGCACAGAUUACCACACAGGGCCUGUAUGAUCCGGUUGAGAAGUCAAAUAUUUCAGUUGAAUAUGCGAUUCAAAAGGGCUACUAUGAAAAAGGUUUGCUCAAUGACCAGAUGUCAGAGCUCAAAGUGUUCUACAAUCCAAGUUUACAAGAAAAUCUAAACUACCAAAACCUCCUAGAGAAAUGCACCGUGGAGCCAGACACAGGCCUUGUGCUCCUUCCUGUUUGCAUCACUUUUAAAGGUCUACGAAGAGGUAUUUCCUCCACUGAACUUCUUGCAUCAAAGAUCAUUGACAAAGAAACCUUUGAUGACCUACAGAAGGGAAAAACCACCACACAGGAUGUGAUGUUGAGAGAAACAGUGAAAGAAUACCUGGAGGGCAAAGGCAGUAUUGCAGGCAUUGCUGUACUCUCAUCCAAUCAGAGAAUGAGCAUUUAUGACGCAAUGAAGAAAGGUGUACUGAUGCCCGGAACAGCACUAGUUCUACUGGAGGCACAAGCUUCGACUGGAUUCAUGAUUGAUCCUGUAGAAAAUAAAAAGUUCACGGUGGAUGAGGCCAUCAAAAACAAACUUGUUGGCCCAGAAUAUCAUGCAAAGCUGCGUUCUGCUGAGCGAGCAGUUACUGGAUACAAAGACCCAUACUCAGGUGAAACUAUAUCCCUGUUUCAAGCACUGUCAAAAGACCUCAUGGUUAAAGAACAUGGGAUUCGCCUUCUUGAGGCGCAAAUUGCAACAGGUGGAAUAAUAGAUCCGAUACACAGCCACAGACUACCAACAGAAGUGGCCUUCAAGAGAGGCUAUUUUAAUGAAGAAAUGAACGCCAUACUAGAGGAUUCUGGGGAUGACACAAAGGGUUUUUUUGACCCAAACACAGAAGAUAAUCUAACUUACGUUCAGCUGAUGCAAAGGUGCGUCACUGAUCCCAUCACUGGACUGUGUCUCCUGCCUCUCCUCUCCAAGUCAGACAGGCUGAAUUUCAACUUUAUUGACUACAAAACUAAAAUGGUCUUCAAAGAGGAGAAGGUUAAUGUGACAUACGGGAAGUACAUGGGAAUGACAGUAUCACUGUGGGAACUCCUGAUGUCGGAAUACUUUGAUGAACAACAGAGGCAAGACAUCAUUCAAAAGUUCCGAGAGGGAAAGCUCAAUAUCAAGAUGAUUAUCACAAUGGUUCUUGAAGUCAUAGAAAAGUCUGUAAAAACAACUAAUGUUGUCUUUGAAGGCAUCAGAGAAACUGUUACAGCCAAACAGCUUAUGGAAGCAGAUAUCAUUAGUAAGGAGGUAAUGGAGGAUCUGAAAAAGGGAAGAAUGUCAGUGAGGGAAGUGAUAGAAGAUGAAAAUGUGAAUGUGUACCUACAGGGGAAAGACAGCAUCGCAGGCAUUCUGCUUCCUGAUUCUCGAAUCAUGACCAUCUACCAGGCCAAACAAAAAGGAAAGCUGAUGCCAGGAACUGCUCUGAUUCUACUGGAGGCACAAGCAGCAACAGGGUUCAUGAUUGACCCUAUUGGAAACAGAAAGUUUUCGGUGGAUGAUGCUAUUAAAGCAAAGAUUGUGGGGCCUGAUGUGUGUCAAAAGUUGCGCUCAGCAGAAAAAGCGGUCACUGGGUACAGAAAUCCAUAUGAUGGCAAAAUAAUCUCUUUGUUCCAAGCCAUGCAAAAAGAUCUCAUCGUAAAAGACCAUGGCAUUCGACUCCUGGAGGCACAAAUUGCCACUGGUGGGAUCAUUGACCCAGUCAACAGCCAUCGAAUUCCUGUCCAUGUGGCCUAUAAGAGGGGAUACUUCACUGAGGAAAUGAAUGAGAUCCUGGCUGAUCCAAGUGAUGACACCAAAGGAUUCUUUGAUCCCAACACCCAUGAGAACCUGACAUACUUGCAGCUCAUGGCCAGAUGUGUAAUAGAUCCCAGUACAGGUCUGUGCCUCUUGCCACUAAAAAGCAAAAGUAACAGAAUUAACAUAGAUGAUAGUAUUAGGGAGACAUUCAAAACAACAACAGUUACUGUUAAGUAUGGCAGGUUCAAGGGCAAGCACACAACACUCUGGGAUCUUAUCAAUUCAGAGUAUUUGACGGAAGACAAAAGACAGGAGUUUUUCAAGCUCUUUAAGUCAAGGAAAAUCACAAUUGAGCAACUCAUUGUCACCAUUGUAGAGGUCAUUGAGAGUAAGGAGAUAAAACGACAAGCAAGGCUGAACUUUAAAGGUCUCAGAGGAGAGGUCUCUGUUGUGGAUCUUUUGGAGCUUGAAAUAGUGGAUGAAAAAACAUACAACAGUUUGAUUGAUGGAAAGAUUACAAGCAACGAUGUGAUGAAAAUUGACAGUGUGAGAGAUUACCUUCAAGGGAAAAGUUGUGUAGCUGGGGUGAUACUGCAACCCUCCAAUCAGAAGCUAAGCAUCUAUGAGGCACAGAGAAUUGGCAUUCUCACACCUGGCACGGCCCUCUGCCUCCUUGAAGCACAAGCGGCUACAGGGUUCAUUGUUGAUCCUCUGAAAAACAAUAAGCUCACAGUGAAACAAGCUCUCAGAGAAAAGGUGAUUUGUCCCCAGAUGCAUGAAAAGCUUUUGUCUGCAGAGAGGGCUGUCACUGGUUACAGAGAUCCAUACAGUGGUCAAAAUAUCUCACUUUUCCAAGCCUUGCAAAAGGAUCUAAUUGUCAAGCAGCAUGGCAUCUGUUUACUUGAGGCCCAGAUUGCUACAGGUGGUAUCAUUGAUCCUUUGAAGUGUAUUCACUUACCUCUUGAGGUUGCAUACAGGAAAGGAUAUUUUGAUGCAGAACUUAAUAAGGUCCUAUCAGACCCAACUAAUGACACAAAGGGAUUUUUUGACCCAAAGACACAACACAAUCUGACAUAUAUGGAGAUGUUGGGUAGAUGUGUAAAAGAUAAUGAAACAGGACUGUUUCUCCUGCCACUGAAUGACAAGCCAAAAGUUACUGAAACAAAGGAAAAAGUGUACUCGAACACAGAGAUAAAGCAAGAGUUUAAAAAGACAGCUGUGAGCAUAUCAGUAGGACACUACUCAGGAAAAUCUGUUUCUCUAUGGGACUUGAUUCACUCUGGGUACUUUACUGAAGAUCAGCAGCUUGAUUUCUUUGAAAAAUACAGAACAAGGAAGAUCAACACACAAACCCUAAUCACAUUAGUGAUUUCCACCAUUGAAAAACUGGAGAAGAGUGAAACUCCCAAAAUGAUAAUGGGCCUGAGAAAACCUGUCUCUGCACAACAACUACUGGAUUCUGAUAUAAUUGAUGCAGAUAUAUUCAAACAGGUGAAUGAAGGAAAACUCACUCUUGAAGCAGUAAUCCAACGUGAACCUGUGGGAGGAUACAUGAAGGGAACCGGAAGCAUUGCUGGAAUUAAGGUUCAUCCAUCCCAGAAAGUAAUGAGCAUAUAUGAAGCAAAAAAGGAAGAUCUGUUGACACCUGGCAUUGCACUUCUACUGCUUGAAGCACAGGCAGCAACAGGAUGGGUCAUUGAUCCUCUCAAAAACAAGUUAUAUACUGUUGAUGAGGCAGCUAGACAGAAAGUAAUUGGACCAGAUGUACAUGAGCAACUUCUCUUAGCUGAAAGAGCUGUCACUGGCUAUAAAGAUCCAUACACAGAUGCAACAAUAUCACUGUUCGAAGCCAUGAAUGAAAAGCUGAUUCAAAGAAGUGAUGGUAUUCGUCUCCUUGAGGCACAGAUUGCAACCGGAGGAAUCGUUGACCCGAAUCAAAGUCACAGGCUACCUGUUCAUGUUGCUAUUAAAAAGGGAUAUCUGGAUGAAGAAAUAAGCAAAACUCUGGUGAACCCCACUGAUAAUGCAAAGGGAUUUUUCGACCCAAACACAAAAGAAAAGCUCUCUUACCUUCAGCUGAUAAAGCGAUGUGAGAAAGAUCCUAAAACUGGGCAACUUCUUGUACCCCUGUAUCAAAAUGAAUCCCAUGUAUUUCACACGGAUGAGCAAAUAGAGCUUACAUUCAAAAACCAAACUAUAGCCAUAAAUGCAGGAAGAUUUAAAGACAAAGAGGUGACAUUGUGGGAAGUGUUAAUCUCUGAAUACAUAUCAGAACAAAAAAGGGAGCAGCUCAUACAACAAUACAAGACAAGAGCCACAAAAAUAGAUGAGUUAACUGAAAUACUCACCGUUAUCAUUACAGAGGUAUCAUCCAAAGAAAGAAAGUUCAAAGGACUAAGAAAGCAGGUCUCAGCUAGUGAGUUGUAUGAGUCAAAGAUUAUCACAAAGGAGCUUUUCACACAGAUUAUACAAGGAGAAGUAACAGAAGAGAAUGUUAACAAAAUGGAAAUGAUUCAGAAAUACCUGGGAGCUACAAACUGUAUAGCAGGUGUCAGAGUCGAAUCUACAAAGAAAGUUAUGAGCAUCUACGAAGCAAGAACCAAAGGCCUGCUGACAGCUGGCACAUCACUUGUACUGCUUGAGGCCCAAGCUGCAACUGGCUUUGUCAUUGACCCAGUGAACAACAAGAAACUUUCAGUAGAGGUUGCUGUAGCUCAAAAAGUGGUUGGCAGUGAGUGGAAAAACAAACUUCUUUCAGCAGAAAGGGCAGUUACAGGAUACAAAGAUCCCUACACUGGAAACACAAUUUCAUUGUUCCAGGCCUUGAAAAAAGAUCUCAUCGUCAAAGAUCAUGGAAUUCGUCUACUUGAAGCGCAAAUUGCCACCGGAGGCAUAAUUGACCCAGUGUACAGUCACAGAGUGCCUGUACAGGUGGCAUACACAAGAGGUUACUUUGACAAGGAAAUGAACCAGAUUCUGUCUGACUCUGAUGAUGACACCAAGGGCUUCUUUGAUCCCAACACACAAGAGAACCUCACCUAUCUUCAGCUGGUGGAGAGGUGUGUCAUAGAUCCCAUUACAGGCCUUAGCUUACUUGUGAUUACAAAGAAAGGCGAGUUUUAUUUCUUUGUCGAUGAGGCAACAAAACUAAUUUUGAAAUCUACAACAACAACCAGAGCAGAGGGAAAAUACCAAGGAACAACCGUGUCUCUCUGGGAUAUGCUCUACUCCAAAUACAUCACUGAGGAAAAGAGGAGAGAGCUUGUAAAAAAGUACAAGUCUGGAUCAAUCACAAUCGAGCGCUUCUUGGAAAUAAUCCUGACUAUCAUUGAGCAGCAGAGCACAACAACCGCUCACACAAUCAAAUCUACCAUCACCACUACAGUCACAGAGACCAAUGAAGUUCAAAACUUCCAUGGAAUCAGAAAGGAUGUCACUGCUGCUGAGUUGCUUGAAUCAGAAAUCAUCAAUGAGGAUCUCUACAAAAGCCUUACAGCUGGAACAGUCACAGUGACAGAAGUGAGUGAAAUGGAUUCAGUGCGUAAGUACUUAGAGGGAACUAACAGCAUUGCAGGAGUGUACCUGCAGUCCACCAAAGAGACCCUAAGUAUCAAUGAAGCCAGAAGCAAAGGUCUGCUGACUCCUGGUACUUCUCUGGUUCUGCUGGAGGCCCAAGCUGCAACUGGCUUUGUCAUUGACCCUGUGAACAACAAGAAACUUUCAGUAGAGGAGGCUGUAGCUCAAAAAGUGGUUGGCAGUGAGUGGAAAAACAAACUUCUUUCAGCAGAAAGGGCAGUUACAGGAUACAAAGAUCCCUACACUGGAAACACAAUUUCAUUGUUCCAGGCCUUGAAAAAAGAUCUCAUCGUCAAAGAUCAUGGAAUUCGUCUACUUGAAGCGCAAAUUGCCACCGGAGGCAUAAUUGACCCAGUGUACAGUCACAGAGUGCCUGUACAGGUGGCAUACACAAGAAAAUACUUUGACGAGGAAAUGAACCAGAUUCUGUCUGACCCUGAUGAUGACACCAAGGGCUUCUUUGAUCCCAACACACAAGAGAACCUCACCUAUCUUCAGCUGGUGGAGAGGUGUGUCACAGAUCCCAUUACAGGCCUUAGCUUACUUGUGAUUGCAAAGAAAGGCGAGUUUUAUUUCUUUGUCGAUGAGGCAACAAAACUCAUUUUGAAAUCUACAACAACAACCAGAGCAGAGGGAAAAUACCAAGGAACAACCGUGUCUCUCUGGGAUAUGCUCUACUCCAAAUACAUCACUGAGGAAAAGAGGAGAGAGCUUGUAAAAAAGUACAAGUCUGGAUCAAUCACAAUCGAGCGCUUCUUGGAAAUAAUCCUGACUAUCAUUGAGCAGCAGAGCACAACAACCGCUCAGUCAUCAAUCGUCAUGUGCCAACCACCAGAAAGAAAAGUGGACAGCAGCACAAUCAAAUCUACCAUCACCACUACAGUCACAGAGACCAAUGAAGUUCAAAACUUCCAUGGAAUCAGAAAGGAUGUCACUGCUGCUGAGUUGCUUGAAUCAGAAAUCAUCAAUGAGGAUCUCUACAAAAGCCUUACAGCUGGAACAGUCACAGUGACAGAAGUGAGUGAAAUGGAUUCAGUGCGUAAGUACUUAGAGGGAACUAACAGCAUUGCAGGAGUGUACCUGCAGUCCACCAAAGAGACCCUAAGUAUCAAUGAAGCCAGAAGCAAAGGUCUGCUGACUCCUGGUACUUCUCUGGUUCUGCUGGAGGCCCAAGCUGCAACUGGCUUUGUCAUUGACCCUGUGAACAACAAGAAACUUUCAGUAGAGGAGGCUGUAGCUCAAAAAGUGGUUGGCAGUGAGUGGAAAAACAAACUUCUUUCAGCAGAAAGGGCAGUUACAGGAUACAAAGAUCCCUACACUGGAAACACAAUUUCAUUGUUCCAGGCCUUGAAAAAAGAUCUCAUCGUCAAAGAUCAUGGAAUUCGUCUACUUGAAGCGCAAAUUGCCACCGGAGGCAUAAUUGACCCAGUGUACAGUCACAGAGUGCCUGUACAGGUGGCAUACACAAGAGAAUACUUUGACGAGGAAAUGAACCAGAUUCUGUCUGACCCUGAUGAUGACACCAAGGGCUUCUUUGAUCCCAACACACAAGAGAACCUCACCUAUCUUCAGCUGGUGGAGAGGUGUGUCACAGAUCCCAUUACAGGCCUUAGCUUACUUGUGAUUGCAAAGAAAGGCGAGUUUUAUUUCUUUGUCGAUGAGGCAACAAAACUAAUUUUGAAAUCUACAACAACAACCAGAGCAGAGGGAAAAUACCAAGGAACAACCGUGUCUCUCUGGGAUAUGCUCUACUCCAAAUACAUCACUGAGGAAAAGAGGAGAGAGCUUGUAAAAAAGUACAAGUCUGGAUCAAUCACAAUCGAGCGCUUCUUGGAAAUAAUCCUGACUAUCAUUGAGCAGCAGAGCACAACAACCGCUCAGUCAUCAAUCGUCAUGUGCCAACCACCAGAAAGAAAAGUGGACAGCAGCACAAUCAAAUCUACCAUCACCACUACAGUCACAGAGACCAAUGAAGUUCAAAACUUCCAUGGAAUCAGAAAGGAUGUCACUGCUGCUGAGUUGCUUGAAUCAGAAAUCAUCAAUGAGGAUCUCUACAAAAGCCUUACAGCUGGAACAGUCACAGUGACAGAAGUGAGUGAAAUGGAUUCAGUGCGUAAGUACUUAGAGGGAACUAACAGCAUUGCAGGUGUGUACCUGCAGUCCACCAAAGAGACCCUAAGUAUCAAUGAAGCCAGAAGCAAAGGUCUGCUGACUCCUGGUACUUCUCUGGUUCUGCUGGAGGCCCAAGCUGCAACUGGCUUUGUCAUUGACCCUGUGAACAACAAGAAACUUUCAGUAGAGGAGGCUGUAGCUCAAAAAGUGGUUGGCAGUGAGUGGAAAAACAAACUUCUUUCAGCAGAAAGGGCAGUUACAGGAUACAAAGAUCCCUACACUGGAAACACAAUUUCAUUGUUCCAGGCCUUGAAAAAAGAUCUCAUCGUCAAAGAUCAUGGAAUUCGUCUACUUGAAGCGCAAAUUGCCACCGGAGGCAUAAUUGACCCAGUGUACAGUCACAGAGUGCCUGUACAGGUGGCAUACACAAGAAAAUACUUUGACGAGGAAAUGAACCAGAUUCUGUCUGACCCUGAUGAUGACACCAAGGGCUUCUUUGAUCCCAACACACAAGAGAACCUCACCUAUCUUCAGCUGGUGGAGAGGUGUGUCACAGAUCCCAUUACAGGCCUUAGCUUACUUGUGAUUGCAAAGAAAGGCGAGUUUUAUUUCUUUGUCGAUGAGGCAACAAAACUAAUUUUGAAAUCUACAACAACAACCAGAGCAGAGGGAAAAUACCAACGAACAACCGUGUCUCUCUGGGAUAUGCUCUACUCCAAAUACAUCACUGAGGAAAAGAGGAGAGAGCUUGUAAAAAAGUACAAGUCUGGAUCAAUCACAAUCGAGCGCUUCUUGGAAAUAAUCCUGACUAUCAUUGAGCAGCAGAGCACAACAACCGCUCAGUCAUCAAUCGUCAUGUGCCAACCACCAGAAAGAAAAGUGGACAGCAGCACAAUCAAAUCUACCAUCACCACUACAGUCACAGAGACCAAUGAAGUUCAAAACUUCCAUGGAAUCAGAAAGGAUGUCACUGCUGCUGAGUUGCUUGAAUCAAUCAUCAAUGAGGAUCUCUACAAAAGCCUUACAGCUGGAACAGUCACAGUGACAGAAGUGAGUGAAAUGGAUUCAGUGCGUAAGUACUUAGAGGGAACUAACAGCAUUGCAGGUGUGUACCUGCAGUCCACCAAAGAGACCCUAAGUAUCAAUGAAGCCAGAAGCAAAGGUCUGCUGACUCCUGGUACUUCUCUGGUUCUGCUGGAGGCCCAAGCUGCAACUGGCUUUGUCAUUGACCCUGUGAACAACAAGAAACUUUCAGUAGAGGAGGCUGUAGCUCAAAAAGUGGUUGGCAGUGAGUGGAAAAACAAACUUCUUUCAGCAGAAAGGGCAGUUACAGGAUACAAAGAUCCCUACACUGGAAACACAAUUUCAUUGUUCCAGGCCUUGAAAAAAGAUCUCAUCGUCAAAGAUCAUGGAAUUCGUCUACUUGAAGCGCAAAUUGCCACCGGAGGCAUAAUUGACCCAGUGUACAGUCACAGAGUGCCUGUACAGGUGGCAUACACAAGAAAAUACUUUGACGAGGAAAUGAACCAGAUUCUGUCUGACCCUGAUGAUGACACCAAGGGCUUCUUUGAUCCCAACACACAAGAGAACCUCACCUAUCUUCAGCUGGUGGAGAGGUGUGUCACAGAUCCCAUUACAGGCCUUAGCUUACUUGUGAUUGCAAAGAAAGGCGAGUUUUAUUUCUUUGUCGAUGAGGCAACAAAACUCAUUUUGAAAUCUACAACAACAACCAGAGCAGAGGGAAAAUACCAACGAACAACCGUGUCUCUCUGGGAUAUGCUCUACUCCAAAUACAUCACUGAGGAAAAGAGGAGAGAGCUUGUAAAAAAGUACAAGUCUGGAUCAAUCACAAUCGAGCGCUUCUUGGAAAUAAUCCUGACUAUCAUUGAGCAGCAGAGCACAACAACCGCUCAGUCAUCAAUCGUCAUGUGCCAACCACCAGAAAGAAAAGUGGACAGCAGCACAAUCAAAUCUACCAUCACCACUACAGUCACAGAGACCAAUGAAGUUCAAAACUUCCAUGGAAUCAGAAAGGAUGUCACUGCUGCUGAGUUGCUUGAAUCAGAAAUCAUCAAUGAGGAUCUCUACAAAAGCCUUACAGCUGGAACAGUCACAGUGACAGAAGUGAGUGAAAUGGAUUCAGUGCGUAAGUACUUAGAGGGAACUAACAGCAUUGCAGGUGUGUACCUGCAGUCCACCAAAGAGACCCUAAGUAUCAAUGAAGCCAGAAGCAAAGGUCUGCUGACUCCUGGUACUUCUCUCGUUCUGCUGGAGGCCCAAGCUGCAACUGGCUUUGUCAUUGACCCUGUGAACAACAAGAAACUUUCAGUAGAGGAGGCUGUAGCUCAAAAAGUGGUUGGCAGUGAGUGGAAAAACAAACUUCUUUCAGCAGAAAGGGCAGUUACAGGAUACAAAGAUCCCUACACUGGAAACACAAUUUCAUUGUUCCAGGCCUUGAAAAAAGAUCUCAUCGUCAAAGAUCAUGGAAUUCGUCUACUUGAAGCGCAAAUUGCCACCGGAGGCAUAAUUGACCCAGUGUACAGUCACAGAGUGCCUGUACAGGUGGCAUACACAAGAGAAUACUUUGACGAGGAAAUGAACCAGAUUCUGUCUGACCCUGAUGAUGACACCAAGGGCUUCUUUGAUCCCAACACACAAGAGAACCUCACCUAUCUUCAGCUGGUGGAGAGGUGUGUCACAGAUCCCAUUACAGGCCUUAGCUUACUUGUGAUUGCAAAGAAAGGCGAGUUUUAUUUCUUUGUCGAUGAGGCAACAAAACUCAUUUUGAAAUCUACAACAACAACCAGAGCAGAGGGAAAAUACCAAGGAACAACCGUGUCUCUCUGGGAUAUGCUCUACUCCAAAUACAUCACUGAGGAAAAGAGGAGAGAGCUUGUAAAAAAGUACAAGUCUGGAUCAAUCACAAUCGAGCGCUUCUUGGAAAUAAUCCUGACUAUCAUUGAGCAGCAGAGCACAACAACCGCUCAGUCAUCAAUCGUCAUGUGCCAACCACCAGAAAGAAAAGUGGACAGCAGCACAAUCAAAUCUACCAUCACCACUACAGUCACAGAGACCAAUGAAGUUCAAAACUUCCAUGGAAUCAGAAAGGAUGUCACUGCUGCUGAGUUGCUUGAAUCAGAAAUCAUCAAUGAGGAUCUCUACAAAAGCCUUACAGCUGGAACAGUCACAGUGACAGAAGUGAGUGAAAUGGAUUCAGUGCGUAAGUACUUAGAGGGAACUAACAGCAUUGCAGGUGUGUACCUGCAGUCCACCAAAGAGACCCUAAGUAUCAAUGAAGCCAGAAGCAAAGGUCUGCUGACUCCUGGUACUUCUCUGGUUCUGCUGGAGGCCCAAGCUGCAACUGGCUUUGUCAUUGACCCUGUGAACAACAAGAAACUUUCAGUAGAGGAGGCUGUAGCUCAAAAAGUGGUUGGCAGUGAGUGGAAAAACAAACUUCUUUCAGCAGAAAGGGCAGUUACAGGAUACAAAGAUCCCUACACUGGAAACACAAUUUCAUUGUUCCAGGCCUUGAAAAAAGAUCUCAUCGUCAAAGAUCAUGGAAUUCGUCUACUUGAAGCGCAAAUUGCCACCGGAGGCAUAAUUGACCCAGUGUACAGUCACAGAGUGCCUGUACAGGUGGCAUACACAAGAGAAUACUUUGACGAGGAAAUGAACCAGAUUCUGUCUGACCCUGAUGAUGACACCAAGGGCUUCUUUGAUCCCAACACACAAGAGAACCUCACCUAUCUUCAGCUGGUGGAGAGGUGUGUCACAGAUCCCAUUACAGGCCUUAGCUUACUUGUGAUUGCAAAGAAAGGCGAGUUUUAUUUCUUUGUCGAUGAGGCAACAAAACUCAUUUUGAAAUCUACAACAACAACCAGAGCAGAGGGAAAAUACCAACGAACAACCGUGUCUCUCUGGGAUAUGCUCUACUCCAAAUACAUCACUGAGGAAAAGAGGAGAGAGCUUGUAAAAAAGUACAAGUCUGGAUCAAUCACAAUCGAGCGCUUCUUGGAAAUAAUCCUGACUAUCAUUGAGCAGCAGAGCACAACAACCGCUCAGUCAUCAAUCGUCAUGUGCCAACCACCAGAAAGAAAAGUGGACAGCAGCACAAUCAAAUCUACCAUCACCACUACAGUCACAGAGACCAAUGAAGUUCAAAACUUCCAUGGAAUCAGAAAGGAUGUCACUGCUGCUGAGUUGCUUGAAUCAGAAAUCAUCAAUGAGGAUCUCUACAAAAGCCUUACAGCUGGAACAGUCACAGUGACAGAAGUGAGUGAAAUGGAUUCAGUGCGUAAGUACUUAGAGGGAACUAACAGCAUUGCAGGUGUGUACCUGCAGUCCACCAAAGAGACCCUAAGUAUCAAUGAAGCCAGAAGCAAAGGUCUGCUGACUCCUGGUACUUCUCUGGUUCUGCUGGAGGCCCAAGCUGCAACUGGCUUUGUCAUUGACCCUGUGAACAACAAGAAACUUUCAGUAGAGGAGGCUGUAGCUCAAAAAGUGGUUGGCAGUGAGUGGAAAAACAAACUUCUUUCAGCAGAAAGGGCAGUUACAGGAUACAAAGAUCCCUACACUGGAAACACAAUUUCAUUGUUCCAGGCCUUGAAAAAAGAUCUCAUCGUCAAAGAUCAUGGAAUUCGUCUACUUGAAGCGCAAAUUGCCACCGGAGGCAUAAUUGACCCAGUGUACAGUCACAGAGUGCCUGUACAGGUGGCAUACACAAAAUACUUUGACGAGGAAAUGAACCAGAUUCUGUCUGACCCUGAUGAUGACACCAAGGGCUUCUUUGAUCCCAACACACAAGAGAACCUCACCUAUCUUCAGCUGGUGGAGAGGUGUGUCACAGAUCCCAUUACAGGCCUUAGCUUACUUGUGAUUGCAAAGAAAGGCGAGUUUUAUUUCUUUGUCGAUGAGGCAACAAAACUCAUUUUGAAAUCUACAACAACAACCAGAGCAGAGGGAAAAUACCAACGAACAACCGUGUCUCUCUGGGAUAUGCUCUACUCCAAAUACAUCACUGAGGAAAAGAGGAGAGAGCUUGUAAAAAAGUACAAGUCUGGAUCAAUCACAAUCGAGCGCUUCUUGGAAAUAAUCCUGACUAUCAUUGAGCAGCAGAGCACAACAACCGCUCAGUCAUCAAUCGUCAUGUGCCAACCACCAGAAAGAAAAGUGGACAGCAGCACAAUCAAAUCUACCAUCACCACUACAGUCACAGAGACCAAUGAAGUUCAAAACUUCCAUGGAAUCAGAAAGGAUGUCACUGCUGCUGAGUUGCUUGAAUCAGAAAUCAUCAAUGAGGAUCUCUACAAAAGCCUUACAGCUGGAACAGUCACAGUGACAGAAGUGAGUGAAAUGGAUUCAGUGCGUAAGUACUUAGAGGGAACUAACAGCAUUGCAGGAGUGUACCUGCAGUCCACCAAAGAGACCCUAAGUAUCAAUGAAGCCAGAAGCAAAGGUCUGCUGACUCCUGGUACUUCUCUGGUUCUGCUGGAGGCCCAAGCUGCAACUGGCUUUGUCAUUGACCCUGUGAACAACAAGAAACUUUCAGUAGAGGAGGCUGUAGCUCAAAAAGUGGUUGGCAGUGAGUGGAAAAACAAACUUCUUUCAGCAGAAAGGGCAGUUACAGGAUACAAAGAUCCCUACACUGGAAACACAAUUUCAUUGUUCCAGGCCUUGAAAAAAGAUCUCAUCGUCAAAGAUCAUGGAAUUCGUCUACUUGAAGCGCAAAUUGCCACCGGAGGCAUAAUUGACCCAGUGUACAGUCACAGAGUGCCUGUACAGGUGGCAUACACAAGAAAAUACUUUGACGAGGAAAUGAACCAGAUUCUGUCUGACCCUGAUGAUGACACCAAGGGCUUCUUUGAUCCCAACACACAAGAGAACCUCACCUAUCUUCAGCUGGUGGAGAGGUGUGUCACAGAUCCCAUUACAGGCCUUAGCUUACUUGUGAUUGCAAAGAAAGGCGAGUUUUAUUUCUUUGUCGAUGAGGCAACAAAACUCAUUUUGAAAUCUACAACAACAACCAGAGCAGAGGGAAAAUACCAACGAACAACCGUGUCUCUCUGGGAUAUGCUCUACUCCAAAUACAUCACUGAGGAAAAGAGGAGAGAGCUUGUAAAAAAGUACAAGUCUGGAUCAAUCACAAUCGAGCGCUUCUUGGAAAUAAUCCUGACUAUCAUUGAGCAGCAGAGCACAACAACCGCUCAGUCAUCAAUCGUCAUGUGCCAACCACCAGAAAGAAAAGUGGACAGCAGCACAAUCAAAUCUACCAUCACCACUACAGUCACAGAGACCAAUGAAGUUCAAAACUUCCAUGGAAUCAGAAAGGAUGUCACUGCUGCUGAGUUGCUUGAAUCAGAAAUCAUCAAUGAGGAUCUCUACAAAAGCCUUACAGCUGGAACAGUCACAGUGACAGAAGUGAGUGAAAUGGAUUCAGUGCGUAAGUACUUAGAGGGAACUAACAGCAUUGCAGGAGUGUACCUGCAGUCCACCAAAGAGACCCUAAGUAUCAAUGAAGCCAGAAGCAAAGGUCUGCUGACUCCUGGUACUUCUCUGGUUCUGCUGGAGGCCCAAGCUGCAACUGGCUUUGUCAUUGACCCUGUGAACAACAAGAAACUUUCAGUAGAGGAGGCUGUAGCUCAAAAAGUGGUUGGCAGUGAGUGGAAAAACAAACUUCUUUCAGCAGAAAGGGCAGUUACAGGAUACAAAGAUCCCUACACUGGAAACACAAUUUCAUUGUUCCAGGCCUUGAAAAAAGAUCUCAUCGUCAAAGAUCAUGGAAUUCGUCUACUUGAAGCGCAAAUUGCCACCGGAGGCAUAAUUGACCCAGUGUACAGUCACAGAGUGCCUGUACAGGUGGCAUACACAAGAAAAUACUUUGACGAGGAAAUGAACCAGAUUCUGUCUGACCCUGAUGAUGACACCAAGGGCUUCUUUGAUCCCAACACACAAGAGAACCUCACCUAUCUUCAGCUGGUGGAGAGGUGUGUCACAGAUCCCAUUACAGGCCUUAGCUUACUUGUGAUUGCAAAGAAAGGCGAGUUUUAUUUCUUUGUCGAUGAGGCAACAAAACUCAUUUUGAAAUCUACAACAACAACCAGAGCAGAGGGAAAAUACCAACGAACAACCGUGUCUCUCUGGGAUAUGCUCUAUUCCAAAUACAUCACUGAGGAAAAGAGGAGAGAGCUUGUAAAAAAGUACAAGUCUGGAUCAAUCACAAUCGAGCGCUUCUUGGAAAUAAUCCUGACUAUCAUUGAGCAGCAGAGCACAACAACCGCUCAGUCAUCAAUCGUCAUGUGCCAACCACCAGAAAGAAAAGUGGACAGCAGCACAAUCAAAUCUACCAUCACCACUACAGUCACAGAGACCAAUGAAGUUCAAAACUUCCAUGGAAUCAGAAAGGAUGUCACUGCUGCUGAGUUGCUUGAAUCAGAAAUCAUCAAUGAGGAUCUCUACAAAAGCCUUACAGCUGGAACAGUCACAGUGACAGAAGUGAGUGAAAUGGAUUCAGUGCGUAAGUACUUAGAGGGAACUAACAGCAUUGCAGGUGUGUACCUGCAGUCCACCAAAGAGACCCUAAGUAUCAAUGAAGCCAGAAGCAAAGGUCUGCUGACUCCUGGUACGUCUCUGGUUCUGCUGGAGGCCCAAGCUGCAACUGGCUUUGUCAUUGACCCUGUGAACAACAAGAAACUUUCAGUAGAGGAGGCUGUAGCUCAAAAAGUGGUUGGCAGUGAGUGGAAAAACAAACUUCUUUCAGCAGAAAGGGCAGUUACAGGAUACAAAGAUCCCUACACUGGAAACACAAUUUCAUUGUUCCAGGCCUUGAAAAAAGAUCUCAUCGUCAAAGAUCAUGGAAUUCGUCUACUUGAAGCGCAAAUUGCCACCGGAGGCAUAAUUGACCCAGUGUACAGUCACAGAGUGCCUGUACAGGUGGCAUACACAAGAGAAUACUUUGACGAGGAAAUGAACCAGAUUCUGUCUGACCCUGAUGAUGACACCAAGGGCUUCUUUGAUCCCAACACACAAGAGAACCUCACCUAUCUUCAGCUGGUGGAGAGGUGUGUCACAGAUCCCAUUACAGGCCUUAGCUUACUUGUGAUUGCAAAGAAAGGCGAGUUUUAUUUCUUUGUCGAUGAGGCAACAAAACUAAUUUUGAAAUCUACAACAACAACCAGAGCAGAGGGAAAAUACCAACGAACAACCGUGUCUCUCUGGGAUAUGCUCUACUCCAAAUACAUCACUGAGGAAAAGAGGAGAGAGCUUGUAAAAAAGUACAAGUCUGGAUCAAUCACAAUCGAGCGCUUCUUGGAAAUAAUCCUGACUAUCAUUGAGCAGCAGAGCACAACAAACGCUCAGUCAUCAAUCGUCAUGUGCCAACCACCAGAAAGAAAAGUGGACAGCAGCACAAUCAAAUCUACCAUCACCACUACAGUCACAGAGACCAAUGAAGUUCAAAACUUCCAUGGAAUCAGAAAGGAUGUCACUGCUGCUGAGUUGCUUGAAUCAGAAAUCAUCAAUGAGGAUCUCUACAAAAGCCUUACAGCUGGAACAGUCACAGUGACAGAAGUGAGUGAAAUGGAUUCAGUGCGUAAGUACUUAGAGGGAACUAACAGCAUUGCAGGAGUGUACCUGCAGUCCACCAAAGAGACCCUAAGUAUCAAUGAAGCCAGAAGCAAAGGUCUGCUGACUCCUGGUACUUCUCUGGUUCUGCUGGAGGCCCAAGCUGCAACUGGCUUUGUCAUUGACCCUGUGAACAACAAGAAACUUUCAGUAGAGGAGGCUGUAGCUCAAAAAGUGGUUGGCAGUGAGUGGAAAAACAAACUUCUUUCAGCAGAAAGGGCAGUUACAGGAUACAAAGAUCCCUACACUGGAAACACAAUUUCAUUGUUCCAGGCCUUAAAAAAAGAUCUCAUCGUCAAAGAUCAUGGAAUUCGUCUACUUGAAGCGCAAAUUGCCACCGGAGGCAUAAUUGACCCAGUGUACAGUCACAGAGUGCCUGUACAGGUGGCAUACACAAGAAAAUACUUUGAUGAGGAAAUGAACCAGAUUCUGUCUGACCCUGAUGAUGACACCAAGGGCUUCUUUGAUCCCAACACACAAGAGAACCUCACCUAUCUUCAGCUGGUGGAGAGGUGUGUCACAGAUCCCAUUACAGGCCUUAGCUUACUUGUGAUUGCAAAGAAAGGCGAGUUUUAUUUCUUUGUCGAUGAGGCAACAAAACUCAUUUUGAAAUCUACAACAACAACCAGAGCAGAGGGGAAAUGCCAAGGAACAACCGUGUCUCUCUGGGAUAUGCUCUACUCCAAAUACAUCACUGAGGAAAAGAGGAGAGAGCUUGUGCAAAAGUACAAGUCUGGAUCAAUCACAAUCGAGCGCUUCUUGGAAAUAAUCCUGACUAUCAUUGAGCAGCAGAGCACAACAACCGCUCAGUCAUCAAUCGUCAUGUGCCAACCACCAGAAAGAAAAGUGGACAGCAGCACAAUCAAAUCUACCAUCACCACUACAGUCACAGAGACCAAUGAAGUUCAAAACUUCCAUGGAAUCAGAAAGGAUGUCACUGCUGCUGAGUUGCUUGAAUCAGAAAUCAUCAAUGAGGAUCUCUACAAAAGCCUUACAGCUGGAACAGUCACAGUGACAGAAGUGAGUGAAAUGGAUUCAGUGCGUAAGUACUUAGAGGGAACUAACAGCAUUGCAGGUGUGUACCUGCAGUCCACCAAAGAGACCCUAAGUAUCAAUGAAGCCAGAAGCAAAGGUCUGCUGACUCCUGGUACUUCUCUGGUUCUGCUGGAGGCCCAAGCUGCAACUGGCUUUGUCAUUGACCCUGUGAACAACAAGAAACUUUCAGUAGAGGAGGCUGUAGCUCAAAAAGUGGUUGGCAGUGAGUGGAAAAACAAACUUCUUUCAGCAGAAAGGGCAGUUACAGGAUACAAAGAUCCCUACACUGGAAACACAAUUUCAUUGUUCCAGGCCUUGAAAAAAGAUCUCAUCGUCAAAGAUCAUGGAAUUCGUCUACUUGAAGCGCAAAUUGCCACCGGAGGCAUAAUUGACCCAGUGUACAGUCACAGAGUGCCUGUACAGGUGGCAUACACAAGAAAAUACUUUGACGAGGAAAUGAACCAGAUUCUGUCUGACCCUGAUGAUGACACCAAGGGCUUCUUUGAUCCCAACACACAAGAGAACCUCACCUAUCUUCAGCUGGUGGAGAGGUGUGUCACAGAUCCCAUUACAGGCCUUAGCUUACUUGUGAUUGCAAAGAAAGGCGAGUUUUAUUUCUUUGUCGAUGAGGCAACAAAACUCAUUUUGAAAUCUACAACAACAACCAGAGCAGAGGGGAAAUGCCAAGGAACAACCGUGUCUCUCUGGGAUAUGCUCUACUCCAAAUAUAUCACUGAGGAAAAGAGGAGAGAGCUUGUGCAAAAGUACAAGUCUGGAUCAAUCACAAUCGAGCGCUUCUUGGAAAUAAUCCUGACAAUCAUUGAGUAGCAUGUGCCAACCACCAGAAAGAAAAGUGGACAGGAAACGAGGAAAUGAACCAGAUUCUGUCUGACCCUGAUGACACCAAGGGCUUCUUUGAUCCCAACACACAAGAGAACCUCACCUAUCUUCAGCUGGUGGAGAGGUGUGUCACAGAUCCCAUUACAGGCCUUAGCUUACUCUCAUUGCACAAAAAAACUAAAGAAAAGCUUUCUACAAGCAC